AUGCAACGACCCGCCCAGAUCCCUCAGGUCAGCCAUGAUGCAGGGUCCAACAUAAAAAUAUCGACGAUUUGGCCUGCAGCUCGCUUUUCUCCAGAUACUGGAUGUGAUCAACCAUCCCUCGACCGUCGCAUCGUCGCACCUCAAGCCUUAGUCAUGUCGAUCCGCAUCAUCGCCACAGGUGGGCACUCGGGUCUCGGCUUGGAAGCGCUCAAGACGCUUCUGGCGACGCCUGCUCUCGCCUCGGGCGGCAGCCUCACUCUGAUGGUCCGAGAUGCCAACGCUGCUGCCGUCGUCAAAGCGCGGCGGAUGCUGUCCGAACAGCACAAAGCCGCCAUGCCCUCUACCGAAUCCCGUCUCACUGUCGACACGCACACCAUGGACCUGGCUUCCUUGUCGUCCGUUCGCAAAGCUGCCGAUGCCAUCAGACCGCAGCUGCAAGUCUCUGCUGCUACUGCUUCCGGCCAAGACAUCUUUCUACUCAACGCAGCCGUCGCCAAAACAGCAAGAAACACUGUUGUAGACGCAGAUCGGGCCUCCGGAAGCGUAGGAUAUCCGUCCGAUCACCUCGUCAGCACCGACAGCUGUAUCGAGACCACCGCAUGCGUCAACCACGUCGCGCAUCUCCUCUUCAUCUCCUCGCUCGCACCCACCAUCUCGGAAAAUGCGAAACUGGGCCGCAAGACUCGCAUCGUUUUCACAGGAAGCGCACUACAUCGUUCGAUCAAAGAUGUUGCGGUCCUGGAUCGGUUCUUCUCUGCCGCCUCGCACGACAGUCCCUCGCCUUGGACGUUACGCGAGACGUACGCCGCGUCCAAGUUCCUACAGAUGCUCGGUGUUCGAGCUCUACGUCGUCGACUUCAGGACGCACUGGAGGCGGCGGAGGCACCCGCAGCAAGUGUAGAAGUCGUCGUGGUGCAGCCUGGCUUUGUGCCACAGACAGGGCUUUGCCGCGAUUCAGGUCUGCUGACCCGCUUGGCCAUGUCAUACGUGCUUCCGUGGGCUCCCUUUGCCACGAGCUUAGAUGAUGCCGGUCGAUACAUCGCCGACGCCUGCACCAUUGACUUGUCAACCUCCGAGGUGCAAGAGGAGGAACAGGACGGCUUUCACUCGAAAGACAGCUCUGUACCGUCGGCAUUGCGAGAGGUUCACGCCAAAAAGCAACGUUUCGGCACGCUCGAUUCACGCACGGCAGACACUCAGCUGCAAGAGCGGUGGUGGCCUGCAGCGUGUGAUGAGGUCUGA